GUCUUUCCUUUCCCUUUUCUUCGCAGCAGAGUGCUGGAGGAUGCUCUGUUUUGCCUCCAGUGCUUGCCACUUCUUGCGUCAGAUAAACUGACAUUGGAACACAGAACAAGCAAGACAAGGAGAAGCAGGAAGGUAUCCACCUCAUGAUAGACCUCGCUUUGAAUCCAAUCAUGCCCUUUACACGCAGGAACUCCCAAAUGCAGACACUUGAAUGGAUGGCUGGCUGGCCCCAAGAGUCAUGGGAUGUGGGAAGCAUGCUAAGAAGAUCCAACAUAUCCCUCUUGGCAAGUGGAAGGGAUUUGUCACGGGAAGGAGUGGCCGGACCAACUGCCGCUACCGGACUAGGGAGAAGGGCCCCCCCCAUCCCAAGUUGCCCAACGCCAUUACACCCAAACAUAAACAAAGCCACCAACCUCUCCUCUCUAGUAUGUACCAUCCACGUCGCCCUGCUAAAUCUCCAAUCUCCAAUCAAUCAUCCAUUCAUCCAUGCAACCACCCGGCCGCGCGUGCUGGCACGCAUCAGCACCACUCAUUUGCCGUCUUCAACUCUCACAAGUUUUCGCCAUUAUGUAUAUGGCCAAGAUAGUCGUCACCGGACAGGAGCUGUUAAGCAAGCUUACUGUCAGCAGCUUGGGAUGGAAGGCAGGCAACAGAGGAGGAGGUGUCCUAGCUUUUGUUGGCUCCUGAGACAUGCGUGCAGAGGAUUGGUGGCUGUUCGUCUCUCGCGUUCACGGGCUGCUGCGUCCUGCCAAAUCGGCCCGAUUCGCCUGCGCUGCUUUUCACUUUGAGCUCACGUAGAGUUGGCGAUAAAAUAGUCGCCCGUUCAUAUCACCUCUCUUCUUCUCAGUUUUGCUGAGAUGGCGGUACUAUUGCUGGUUAUUGUACCUGUUCUAAUGCCGCUUGGCUGGCAUGCAGAAAACAUCGGUCACUCGGACACCACCAAGGGUCAAGGAAAGGGAGAAUCAGCAUGUCUCAGUUCUCAAGAUGAUUUGCAGAGCUCACUGGGAUCCUCUGUGCCUGCCAGGAUUUUCGUCAAAGAGAUGCAAGUGCUAAGUAUAUCAUGGUUAUCCCUCUAAGACCAGGUACAAUAGAAGAUUAUUAGCCAGCUGCAAAUAUAUUUUAAUAAGAUAAAAGACGAGAGAGAAGAGCAGCGGGCUACAGAUCUGUAACCAGCUGCAGGCUGCAGCACGGACUUAAAGACGCAAUGUGUGCAUGACAGGUGCGACCAUAUAUAAAUAGUAUAGUAAGCAACUAUUGUAUUAAUUGUCUAUUAGAUCGGCUAUAGAUGAAUUGGAGGUAGUAGUGGGCUAUAUUAUUAAACUUGCUCUAAGAGCGAGUACAAUAGCAAGCUAUAAGUUAAGCUGUAAGCAUAUGUGGAGAAGAGAAGAAAGAAGAGAGAAGGAAAGCGGGCUACAGAUUUGUAGCCAGCUGCAGCACAGACUCCAAUACAUUAUGUGUGUAUGAGAUGUGGGAUCAUAUAUUAAUGGUGUAGAACGAGUAUAAAUAGCAUGCUACAAGUCAGCUGUAAGUACACGUGGAGGAGAGAAGAGAAGAAAGAGAAGUAAAGCGGGCUACAGAUUUGUAGCCAAAUGUAGCACGGAUUCCAAUACGUUGUGUGUGUAUGAGAGGUGGGAACAUAUAUUAAUGAUGUGUAUAUGCUUAUAGGUAACUAUUGUAUGAAUGAGCUAUUAAAUUGACUAUA